UAAUGUUACACUUUGUGUGAAACCGAAACACGAAGAGUUUGGCGACAUAAACUGUCUCGGGGUCAAGGGUCAACUUGUUUGUUGAUGAACGGUCGUGAAUUGAUAGUAAAGUUUAAACUCUUAUUGAGAAGAGUGUUUAUCACGCUGUUUAUAAUAAAUACCAGCAGUGCUGGAUUAAACCAGAUGUGAACUUUCUCCACUUUUCACGGAUUUACGAGCCUAAGCUUUUUGUGUGGUGUGUAGUUGGUUUUAGUAGUUUUACAACCUGCGUGUAGCAAGUUAAGUUAGUGUUAAAAUAAAACUUGAACUUGCGUGUAGCGUAGUCUCUGGUGACUGGUGCCUAUUAAUAAUAUUAUUUUCACUAUGGAUUCGCCAAGACAGUAACUUCGGUAAGCAUUGUGGCUGUCAUUGUCUUUUUAAUUAAUUUUUUUUUAACGUUUUUUUUUCUUCUGAAGCUGUAAAUUAUUUAAUAAUUACCACUUUUUUUUUUUAACGCUUAGGCUUGUCGGCAUAUAUAUUAUAUAGUAGUAAAAUAUCAAGACAGUAACUUCGGUAAGCAUUGUUGUUGUCAUUGUCUUUUUAAUUAAUUUUUUUUUAACGUUUUUUUUUCUUCUGAAGCUGUAAAUUAUUUAAUAAUUACCACUUUUUUUUUUUUAACGCUUAGGCUUGUCGGCAUAUAUAUUAUAUAGUAGUAAAAUAGGCCGAAGUUCUCACUCCGUUAAAAGUCUGACCAAUAUUUAUGGCCCAGAGUUGCUAGAAAUUCAUUCACAGCAUGACAGAUUAUAAUUACAUCAUAUCUACGGACAGGAUUUUUACACUCGAUAAAAUAUUUUUUUCUUUAAAAUGAAAGAUUCUGAAUUACGGAGGCCCUGUAUUAAAUGAUAUAAACAUAGCAUAAGGUGAGUGCGCAGGUGGCCUCCCAGUCUAUUUGUGUGUGGGAAGCUUGCCCGCAUGUGGAACAAUAGUCAAUAGUGUUUUGAUGCCCCUGUGAUAUUUAUGGCAAUCCGCUUUUCCUUGUUCUGACCGUGAGUGCUUUCAUUGGUACAUCUACUUUCUGAAGAGUGUGCUCCAAUAGUGAGUCGGUCUCGGAGGUUUUACUUUGACCAACCAAAUCAAAUGUAUGAGUUCAGGUCAGGUCGAUGACCACGGAUUUGGGGGACACUUAGGCAAUCUUAAACCUUUUUUUUUUUCCCCUACCAAUAAAUUUUGAGCUAUUUCCUUUGGACAGUUCACCGUACAUUAUUUCUUUUGAUAGGUCACACAGCCAUAAUCUCACCCACAGGCAAAGUAUCCGUACCAUUCACUUUUAGUUCGAGUCAUGCUGUUGUUAAAUAUUCCUACUUGUCAAAGUGAUGAAGGUGGGCAUAAGGCUUUCAAUGACAGGAGGGUUGGUAUAGACCUGUCGAUGACAAGAGUGUUGGCAUAAGACUAUCAAUGGUACGAGGUGAGCAUAGAGCUGUCAAUGACUGGAGGCUGUCAAAUUGCUGUCAAUGGGAUUUGUGGCAUAAACAAAUAAAUGGUAGGAAUGGCGGCACACUAUAAAAGGGACAGAUGGCGCGGGAUCUAAGUGGAAACCUCUAAAUCUGGCGUGAACAAAUAUAAGGAAUAUAACUUAACUUUUCAGUUUCAAUGAAAAUAUGUUCCUUAAUGAAUGUGUUAGUCACGUGUGACCUUGGCCUUGUUCAGAAACAUCAGUGAACUUCCUGUAAUACGGGAAUUUCAUAUUGACGUGAGCCGCGCGUGUACAUAAAUCUUCCAUGGUUCAAACAGGAAUUUACUUAUUGAGGUUUGGAGAGCAAAAGAUUUUUGAACUACUUAGUAUUUCUGACAAGGUUUUUUUUAAAAAGAUCUUUGAACUAAUUUUUACUACAGCAGCUUUGGUGUAAGGGCUUUAAAACAUCUUUGAACUACUUCUUAUUCUAUAGCAUUGAUGGCAUAGCUUUAAGAGCUCUUUGAAUUACGUAUUAUUCUAUAGCACUGAUGUCAGGGCUUCAAAAUCUGACGUCUUUGGAGGAAGACUGGUUCAAGUCAGGGAGUAGAAAAUCUUUCCCACAAGUCGGAUACGGCCCUCAAGAUCAUUUGGUCUAUCCUGCGAUUUGAUUGGUUUUCUUGCCAUGCAUUUCACCAUUGUCAACGUUUUCAGGGUAUUUCCCCAAAAAAUCUCCAUAGCGUUCAGGCCGCCAGCCCAGUCCCCAAACCACGAUACUUUUUGGAAAUGGGCUUUAAACUAGGGGUCUCAAACUCAAAUCAUCCGGGGGCCGCAGGAGGUAGAGUCUGAGUGAGACUGGGCCGCAUCAAGUAUUCCAAACCAAAAAAAAAAAAGAAAAAGAUUACAAAUUCAAUUAAGUACAAUCUGCUCACCUUUAUUAAUAAAAAAAUUAAAACAUUAGGGUUUUCAAUAACCAGGCUUCACUUACUUCCUCCUACUCAUUGUUGCCAGAGACCUGGCAGCGCUUCUUCUUACACAGCUGAGCAAAAUUUGUAUAUUGUAGGGAGAAUGAAUUUUGAUAUUAUUUUUUUUACCGAGAAAAGGCCUUUUUGACUAACCCUAUUUUGAAAGUGACCAAGCUGACAGGCGCGGAAUUGCCCUCACUCGUCACUCGUACACACUAGCGGAAAUUUGAAAAGGAAUUGCUACGAUUUACACAAUUAUGGUUGUGCAUUACCAACUGAAUUUUAAAACUUUUGAUGUGUCUAUAAACAAUAUUCGAAGCGUGUUUUCUCAAAUCCACACUUUGGCCGCCAUGUUUGUCUCAUAAAAAUGCUGUAAAAUAGAAACGUUUAGUCCGAUUUUAAAAAGGUUUUUACCAUUAUAAUCAACUUCCACAUCUAUACAAAAAUAAUAAAAAUCAGCAUUAGACCAGUCGGUGAGAUUCGACUGAAACCGUCGCGGAGGGUCACAUUAUAGAUACGAGAACGGUGAAAACGCGCGGGCCGCAUUAACACUAAACUUUGCUGUCAAGUAGCGGGCCGAAAAAUAUCAUCUUGCUGGCCGCAAAUGGCCCAAGUUUGAGACCCUUGCCUUAAGCCUUGAUUUGACCUCUAAGUGUGUCACUGUCAUCGAUACAUCGGGCUGGGCAUCGGGCUGGGCAGCCCCGGUCCUCACCAGAACGUCUGUGUUUUCAUUUCCAACCAUCUCUGCGUGCCCUGGAAUUCACAUGUUGGUGUCUAUUACAUCGAAAACUACACCUAAAACAUCGUGGUGUCCAUCACAACCACGACUACACCUAACGUGGUGUCUAUCACACCCAAGACCACAUCUAACAUCGUGAUGUAAUGGACUUUAGUAUACACGUUGUAAUGGACAUAAGUAUAUAUACAAGAUAUAUCAAUACAAACCUAAAUCGAUUUGUUGAAAUAUACAGGAAAUUCGACAGCACUAACAAUACAAACCAACAGUACGAACGCUUCAGCAGAAAGCCUUCCAUCUGCCAACACAUACAUUAAGAACACAAGACAAUCAAGACAAAAGAGAAAUUUGUACGCAAACAAGUUGAUGGUCUUGUGUGAUACAAGCUGUCACCUAUCCUGUACUUCCAAGAUUUUGCAAACAAGUUGGUCUUGUGUGGUACAAGCUGCCACAUAUCAUGUACUUCCAAGAUUUUGCAAACAAGAUUUUUAUGAAUCUCUUUAAAUGAGUCUGACGAUUCAGUAUGUUGGCCCCGGCUGCUGUUAAGGAAAUGUGUUUUUUUUUAAAGAAGGCCAACCACACCACUGCUCAUGUUACACUGACUAGGGGAUACAUCUUUGGAAUGCAUUGUGUCUUGGGUGUGUGUGUGUGUUUGGGAGGGGGGUGUCUGGAUGGGUCACCUUUAUUUGAUGCAGAACACAAGACAAGACAUCCAAGCUUGCAGAUAGAAAUGGAGAUGUGCCAACCGACUGGCUGCUGUGCCAACCGACUGGCUGCUGUGCCAACCGACUGGCUGCUGUGCCAACCGACUGGCUGCUGUGUCAACCGACUGUGAGCUGUGCCAACCGACUGUGAGCUGUGCCAACCGACUGUGAGCUGUGCCAACCGACUGUGAGCUGUGCCAACCGACUGUGAGCUGUGCCAACCGACUGUGAGCUGUACCGACAGAUGUGAUGUCUGGGUCGUGCUAGUUUUCAAUUUUCCUCAAGUUUUCUUUGUGUUGGUUCGGUUCCUUUAAAAAUGCUUCCACUCUUUUUUUUUUUUUUUUUUUUUUUUUUUUUUUGGUUUUUAAUUUUUUUUUUUUUUUUUUAAAAAUUUUUUUUUUUUUUUCUUUUUUUUUUUUUUUUUUGUUUCGGUUCCUUUAAAAUUUCUUCCCUUUUUUUUUUUUUUUUUUUUUUUGUUUGUUGAUUGGUGUAUAAGUUUACUAUUAAUUGUUGAAACAAAUUAUUACUAUUAAUUGAAUGUUGUAUCUGAUGAUUACUAUUAAAACGCACGUGUCCACCUUCUGUUAAAUUGCGUAACAACUGGCAGAAGAAAAAGUUAAUAAUUUGCUACAACACACCAAGAGACAUUCAAUGAUCUGGUCUAUAGUAGAGUUUGUAAAAUACAGCUAAAUGCGUAAAAGGUCCAUAUGGCACUUGAUAAUGUCAAGCGAUCUUAACUCUUAUAUCUUGAUUCAAUGAGUGUGUGUGUGUGGGGGGUGGGUGGGGGGCGGGCGGAAUCCUUUUUAAUUUUUUAACCGGAUCCAUCGGGGUUCUGACGCAUUGGUCGCAAAACAUUUUGGUAAAAUAUGUGCCAAAGUUUUAUUUCUAAAUGGUUCGGUGUGCCAACGACCUGUCCAUUUAACUCAUCAACCAGAUUUGUUUAAAAGUCCAUUUAUCUAUUUUUGUUCUCCCACAUGACAUUAACACCGCUCUGCGUGUCAACGUCUGGCUCGCGUGCCGUAGAUUGUAGACCUCUACAUUUCGAUAUUUGGUGGCGAAUACAGUAUCAGACUGUUGUUUUUUUUACGGUUGGCUGACUUAAACAUUUAACAUGGGUUCUCAAUCUCAGUAAUGAGGAGACGAAGCCUUGCUGUCAUGACUUUUUCACGUAGACGUCCACAAACAUCAGUAUCAGUACAUGUUUGAGCACCAGUAUCGGUAAACGUUUGAAUACCUGCAUCGGUAACAUGUUUGAACACCUGCAUCGGUAACAUGUUUGAACACCUGCAUCGGUAAACAUUUGAACACCUGCAUCGGUAACAUGUUUGAACACCUGCAUCGGUAACAUGUUUGAACACCUGCAUCGGUAACAUGUUUGAACACCUGCAUCGGUAACAUGUUUGAACACCUGCAUCGGUAAACGUUUGAACACCUGCAUCGGUAACAUGUUUGAACACCUGUUUUAAUAACUGGAUUGGUUAAAUGUUUGAAUACCUGCAUCGGUAACAUGUUUGAACACCUGCAUCGGUAACAUGUUUGAACACCUGCAUCGGUAAACGUUUGAACACCUGCAUCGGUAACAUGUUUGAACACCUGCAUCGGUAACAUGUUUGAACACCUGCAUCGGUAACAUGUUUGAACACCUGCAUCGGUAACAUGUUUGAACACCUGCAUCGGUAACAUGUUUGAACACCUGCAUCGGUAACGUGUUUGAACAUCAUUAUCGGUAAUGUGUGAAUCGGUAACGUGUUUGAACAUUAGUAUCGGUAAUGUGUUUGAACAUCAAUAUCAGUAAUGUUUUUAAACAUCAUUAUCAGUAACAUGAACAUACGAAAAUAUCCCAGAAAUGACCUCGUCUUAGCAGCAAACUUGCUGAUGCAGCACAUCCCCCUGUGAUGGGGAACCGUCUUUCGUUCAUUCACAUCUCAGCACAGAUAACGGUUUUGAUAAUCUAAUCCGAGGUCAGAAUCGACACGUGAUCCUCAAUACUGUAAUAGUCUGACUGGGUUCUCACAUCCUGGGUGUGACAUCGCUUUCGCAAGGGGUUCUCAUUUCCCGCGGUUUUCCUCCUCCAUGGAAUACCGGGAUAAAAAUUAAUUUAAUUAAGAAUAAGUCUGCAACUAUUUGCACCCGGGUACAAGAAGUGAGAGGUUGGGAUAAAAAAAACAAAAAAACUAUUUAAAAUAUCAUUGAUGGGUUUGUAAGACAAAAUGAGGUAUCAAAUGAAAGAUAAUUGAAUGGACUACAUGUUUUUAAACUUACUUCUUCAGUUUAACUAAAAUAAACUACCACAAAUGACAUCCGAAUAGCAUUGGUCUAAUGGUACCCGGGUGAGAAUGGCGGAGCUGCGCGUCUGGGGCCAUUUUGACUAAUUGCUGUUCGGAUGUAAUUGGAUGUACCGGGUAUUUUUUUUUUUUUUUUUAAUGUUAAGGUUUUUUGAGAGGUUGUUCACUUGCUCAAAGUUGUUUAUUUUUCCACGGCUUGCCCCUAGCUGUAGAUAACGAGCUAAUAAUUUGCCUGUUAGCAAAACUCUAAUCUCACUGGCUUGUGGGAAGAAAAAAAUAAACAACAUAAUACUAAAUGAGUUUUGCAUUCUUUACAAGUCGCUAAUUCUAGUUUUGAAUCCGUCACAUUAAUAUUUAAAAGCAAAUUUUUCCAAUAACUUGUAACAAGGGAUUCGUUUCGAAAAGAACCCGCAAAGGAACUACUAAUGACGUUAAUACAUAUAGGCCAUAGGCCAAUCUAUAUUUAUGUGCAUAUGUCUUACUAUGUUGAUUUCGGAGACCAAAAAGAACAAAAAAAAACACAGGCUAUAGGCAUAGUUUGAUGCAUGAAGCCUCGGGAUAAUCAAUUUACGAGAGCACAAUAGUCCAGCCCAUGGGAAGUGACCUCAAAUGGUGUUACGAAGGGAUUUAUGGGAUGUCGCUUGCUGAAACAGACUGAGAUUUAAGGGAUGUCGCUUGCUGAAACAGAUUGAGAUUUAAGGGAUGUCGCUUGCUGAAACAGACUGAGAUUUAAGGGAUGUCGCUUGCUGAAACAGACUGAGAUUUAUGGGAUGUCGCUUGCUGAAACAGACUGAGAAAUUGUGAUUUGUAAAUUGUUUUUUUCCAGUUGGUGACUUAAAGUUUGAGUUGCGAUAUAAAAUCAUGGCAUUAUAAAUAUGUCGCCAAUUACAUUUUACUCGAAAUUUAAAUCUUAAGUUUUUUCUCCAAGAAUUUACUCCCCCCCCCCCAACCUCCUCCGGCAUCCCCGUCCAUCACAAUGUGACAAUGGAUGGUGUAGACUUCGCAAGACGAAAUCCACAAGGCCUGGGAUUAUUCUUUAGGAUUAGGCAUAUAAGCUGGUUCCUUCAGAGGCGUAGCUAGAGUGUUUGGCGCCCGGGGACAAGAUUCAUUUUAAAGAGCCUCGCGUUCUUUGUGUAACGCUCAAACUCAUGAUUUUUAUCAAAAUAUCAAAGCAAAUUUUGGCGCCCCACUGGGUUCCCUACACAGCAAAUCGCCUGUCUCCACGCCACUGGAUAACCCAAGGGAACAUCAUGUCGAUGAUACAGCUUGGCAACAGUGGCGUCGCAGGAGUUUCCGGAAUGUUUCAAUGUACCAAUGUUAUCCGCCUACGGGACUCUCAUCUCCGGGUUUUGAAUUCAGAGUUUCCUUCACUUGGAAGAGUUGCCUUCCACCCAGGGUGCUGAUGUUUUUGCUUGACUGGGCUUUGGUUGGGAUUGAAAUCUAGAACAUGAACUUAAGAUUUGCUCAGUUGGGACCACUUGGCUACCCGGCACCCCACCUUAUUUAACAGCCACCCCCCCCCCUAAUAUUUCAUUGUAAGGGUCACUAAGCUUCUAUAAUAUAAAUGUGGUCGUGAUUUGAAACGCUUGUGAACCUGUGUACUUGAGCUACCGAGCUUAGUAAUUAGCGUGGUUAACUAUAUUUGACAGGUCUUGGCUUAUAGCGACAAUCGGGGACAAAAUGGGACACUAUUUGAUUUGCUGAAAAAAAUUUUUUUUAAAAAGCAUGACCAUUCUUAUGACUAGUGAUUACAUGGAGAUGGACACUUUCCGGGGAAGGUUUAAUUAUUAAAAAAAAACCCACUAAAAAUCGUGCGAGAUCCCAUUGUUCAUAAUUUUUUUAUGCCUCGUGUGUUUCUUACAGUGUGUUUCGUUGUGCACACUAGAACACUAAACAGUAUUGUUUGACUCAACAUUGGAACCCAACACAGUGUUACACUCAACACUGGACACAAAAUUUAGUGUUUAGCUAAGCAUCGCCCCACCAUACAUAGAGUUUAACCUAGCAUUUCCAACACAGUACAUUAGGUGCUUAACUCAAUAUUGGAAAACAAAAGUAUUUUAACUCCCAGAACAUCUGUCCAUGUUUGACACAGAUCCUAGUGGUAUCGUGUUUGUUAGACACAUUUCUCUUACGUUGUUGUUACAUGACGGGAUUUGGACUGGACACGGACCUUCGACUAGGCUGUGUUAGGCAGAUGUAACCGCUGGCUGUAACAGGCAAUAAGUCAAAUCAGGGACUUGUUAUACUUAUGUAUUAAAAACAUGAGUAGUAAAGCUUAUUAUUUAACUUUGAAAGAUCCUUGUAUAUAGUAUUUUCAUAAUUUUUAAUGUUGAAACCAGUCCAUUAUGAAUACCAAGCUAGUAUAGUAAUAAACAUUUGGCUCAGGGUUUGCGGAAUACCUCGCUAUAGUAUCCAUAAUUUGGCCCAGGGCUCAAGGAAUGCCAAGCUAUGGUAUCCACCAUUUGGCCCAGGGCUCACGGAAUGCCAAGCUAUGGUAUCCACCAUUUGGCCCAGGGCUCACGGAAUGCCAAGCUAUGGUAUCCACCAUUUGGCCCAGGGCUCACGGAAUGCCAAGCUAUGGUAUCCACCAUUUGGCCCAGGGCUCUAGCUAUAGCAUCCAUCAUUUGGCCCAGGCCUCAAAGAAUACCAAGCUAUAGUAUCCAUCAUUUGGCCCAGGGCUCACGGAAUGCCAAGCUAUGGUAUCCACCAUUUGGCCCAGGGCUCACGGAAUGCCAAGCUAUAGUAUCCAUAAUUUGGCCCAGGGCUCACGGAAUGCCAAGCUAUGAUAUCCACCAUUUGGCCCAGGGCUCACGGAAUGCCAAGCUAUGGUAUCCAACAUUUUGGCCCAGGGUUCACGGAAUGCCAAGCUAUAGUAUCCACCAUUUGGCCCAGGGCUCAAGGAAUGCCAAGCUAUAGCAUCCAUCAUUUGGCCCAGGCCUCAAGGAAUGCCAAGCUAUAGCAUCCAUCAUUUGGCCCAGGCCUCAAAGAAUACCAAGCUAUAGUAUCCAUCAUUUGGCCCAGGGCUCACGGAAUGCCAAGCUAUGGUAUCCACCAUUUGGCCCAGGGCUCACGGGAUGCCAAGCUAUAGUAUCCAUAAUUUGGCCCAGGGCUCACGGAAUGCCAAGCUAUGGUAUCCACCAUUUGGCCCAGGGCUCAAGGAAUACCUCGCUAUAGUAUCCAUAAUUUGGCCCAGGGCUCACGGAAUGCCAAGCUAUGGUAUCCACCAUUUGGCCCAGGGCUCAAGGAAUGCCAAGCUAUAGCAUCCACCAUUUGGCCCAGGGCUCAAGGAAUGCCUCACCAUAGUACCUGCCAUAUGGAUCCAGGGCUCAUUUUCAAAGAAGCAUCAUCAUCAACUUUAACACACGGACAUUGUUAAUACACAAACGUAUGCGCCUCAGCUGCAGAACUUGACACUCGUUACAAAUAUUGUUUUAGCUUCGUUAUAGUGAAAAUGGAAUUUGAGCCAAGUUCAGAUAUUAACAAUGUGUACGAGACUAUCUACGGUAAUAUUAACAAUGUGUACGAGACUAUUUACGAUAAUAGUAGCAAUGUGUACGAGACGAUCUACGAUAAUAGUACCAAUGUGUACGAGACUAUCUACGGUAAUAUUAACAAUGUGUACGAGACUAUCUACGAUAAUAGUAACGAUGUGUACGAGACUAUCUACGAUAAUAGUAACAAUGUGUACGAGAAUAUCUACGAUAAUAGUAACAAUGUGUACGAGACUAUCUACGAUAAUAGUAACAAUGUGUACGAGACUAUCUACGAUAAUAGUAACAAUGUGUACGAGGCUAUCUACGAUAAUAGUAACAAUGUGUACGAGGCUAUCUGCGAUAGAGCGAACACAUUGUUUACCAAACUGCAGACAUUAAAACUGGGACCAAUUUUCAAACCGGCCGGGACAAAGGUUCUAAACCGGGACAGAUUUUAUGAUCUUCGCCGUGUUCCAUUUAGGAUUUGACACAGGGACCACUACGACUAACAUGUUUCUUUUAGGAUUUGACACAGGCCCCACUACGACUAACAUGUUCCAUUUAGGUCGCCGAGGAUCGGAAAAGUUUGGGAACCAUUGCUUUAGGAUUAUUUUAAGUGUUAAAUGGCCAUAGCUUUGACAUACAUAAAUAUUUUGUUUGUUUGUUAAAGGGACAACUUUAAAAGUUGGAUAAGUAUUUAAAUCAUGGUGUUUGAAUGAGGCCAGCUCGAGUUUUAAAUGAAACGGUUUGAGUCCAAAAUGUUUAGAAAGUCAUGGUUUCAUUACUGGAAGGGGGGGGGGGGACAAUAAUUUCUCUUAGCUACGUUUUUGUUACCUGGUCUUUAAUUUCGAUGUCGGUUCAACUGUUUUAGGAGUUUUUUCCAAAUGCAAUCCCUGGUCACUCCGGGUAUAUUAGCUGGUUAGAUUAUAAUGGAAUCUUCACGACAUUUAAGGGCUGGACAGUGGCCUUCUUUUUGUAUAGCAGUAUAACAACUUCAAAACGAAGAAAACACAAGCUCGCAACAUUGUAUUUUUUAUAUAACUAUUGCCAUUUUUAUAUUAGUUAUACCGUUUCUCUCGUUUUUAAGAUGAGCUUUCACUAUUAGAAAGUCUAAUUAUUAGUCUACACAUUAAGUGGAGAUGGUGUGGAGGGUGGUAUGUGGGUCCUGUGUGGAGAUGAAAUGGUCUGGAAAUGGGGUUGAUGUGUAUGAAGAUGGUGUGGCGAUGGUGAGAUGGCGUGGGUGAUGGUGUGGUAUUGGGAAAUUGUGUGUGGCGGUGUUAAUGUAUGGAGAUAGUGAAGAGAGAUAGUGUGUGGAUAUGGUGAGAUGGUGUAAGGAGAUGGUUAGAUGGUGCACGGAGACGGUUAGAGGAUGUGUGGAGAGGGUGUGAUAUGUGGGGCUCAUGUUGUGAGAUGGUGUGGGCAAGAGGGUGUGGUGAGAUUGUUCGUGGAGAUGGUGUUGGGAGAAAAUUCGAUAAGCAAUAAACGAAUAUUGGGAGAUGGCUAAGUCUACGGUAGAAGAGUCGAAAGGUNGGCGUCGGACAUUGGAGGGCGGCGGACAUUGGAGGGCGGCGGACAUUGGAGGGCGUCGGACAUUGGAGGGUGUCGGACAUUGGAGGGCGUCGGACAUUGGAGGGCGUCGGACAUUGGAGGGCGUCGGACAUUGGAGGGCGUCGGACAUUGGAGGGCGUCGGACAUUGGAGGGCUUCAACAGGAAGGGUGAGAAAGGUGGGGCAACUUCAGCAGAUAAUCAAAUGUCUUUAAAACUGUUAUAUGGAAUCCGAAAUAUGUGAAUUCCCUGGUCAAUAAGAUAUACAUAGUAUAGUUAUGUGAAUUCCCUGGUCAAUAUGAUAUGCAUAGUAUAUUUUACUGAAGUGAAUUCCCUGGUCACGUAACACUGUUAUAUUUAACUUUUAUUUGUACUCCUCAGCUGACACCAGUGACACAUGACAUUGCCCAAUGACGAUGGUUUUGCACAACCUAACAGUGGAAUGCUAACGGCGUUGGUGGGACAAUCAUGGAAACUCCGAUGUCAGACCCGGUAGGUCACAAAACAAAGUGAUGACCUUUACAGUAUUGGCGGGUUUCAACAAUAAUUGACUUACAGACAUGUCACUACCAAGAACCAAUUGUUUUUUGUUUUUUUCUGCACCAGUCUCUGUCAGUGUAAUGCUAGGAUAUGCAAGAACACAACUGCAGUUUCUUCAAGAAUGUAAUAUCAGACAUCAAACGUAAGGUUGUGACAUCUCUUGUUAGUUACACCAGAGAACCUUACUAGUUCCUGUACUUGUUCCCUUACCUAGUGCCCAUACCUACUUACUUACAUACUUAUGCUUUUUACCCCGCCUGGGGCAUAGGCUGUCUACAAGAAUUUUCCAUUCAUCUCGGUUCUGUGCUUUCCUUUCCAGUUCAAGAUGUAUCCCAUACUUUGUGUGUCUGCGUCUAGCUCGCUCUAGCUCGCGUUUCUAUAUAUUCUUAGGCCUUCAUCUCCCCCCCCCCUACCCUUUUUCCAGUUUUUUUUCCAUGAUAGGGAUUGUCUGGUGAUAUAUCUGAAGGUUUGCGAGGUGAUAGGCUCCUGUUAUGUCCUUUCCAGUAAGUCUUUGUUGGUGAUAGUGUUUAGCCAUUUGAUGUGCAAUACCUUUCUAAGGCAAGUGCUUAUGAAGGUCUUUACUUUCAUGUACUAUUUCCUGUUCCAUUACAUGUUCCUGUACCUAGUUCACAUACCUAUUUCCCGUACAUAGUUCCCAUACUUAUUUCCCAUUUAUAAUUCCCAUACCUAUUUAUCGUACAUAGUUCCAAUAUCUAGUUUCCGUUCAUAGUUCCUUUAGUUCCAAUAUCUAGUUUCCAUUCAUAGUUCCUUUUCAUUAUUUUUUAGGAAAAUGUUGAAGGGCCUUUGUCACACUCUACGCCUUGGUCGCACUCUAGGCCCAGGUCACGUUCUAGGUUUUGGUCACAAUCUAGGCCUUGGUCACAUUCUAGGUCUUGCUCACUCUUCAAUGGCCUGAAACGAUUGGUGAAGAACAAACUCUUCUAUCAUAAUGCAAUUUUGAUUGAACAAGGUUAUAGGUGUGAGAUAAUAUGUGCAUAAAGUUGAUCUUGUGAUAAAUUUAGCACCACCCCCCCCCAAAAAAAAAACACCUAAGAAGCUUUUUUCUUAUAGAUAGUUUAUAUGCAUUUUUGUUGGAAUUUAUGUAAUUGUAUGUGAUGUAUCAAUUAUGUGAUUGUAGCAAGUUUUUUUUGGUAAGGGAAUUGUUUUUAUCAAACUUAGUGCAAGUAAAACCUAAUAGACUAAAUAUACAUAUUAAAACCCACAUACGUCACAAAUACAAAACACAUAGGGACAACACAAUUAAUCUCCACACCAAAACACGCAACCAUUGGAACAAAUCAUUGACAUUCCUCAUUGUGUGUCAAGUUUCAGUGCGAUUGGAUGAUGAAAAGUGGGUCAAUUAGCCCUCUGAAGCUUUUGCAGCCACUUAGAAACACACAAAAGUGAAGUCAAUAUAAGGGAUUUUAAAAGGGCAUGCUAACCAACACAUUGUGGAAGCACUGGUUCAAAGUUAAUAAAAAUUAUUAUAGAACUACUAUUCAAAAUAUGCAACAUUGAAAAAAAUUGAGGUAAAAUAUAAACACAUUUACACUCCCUGGAACAUAGACGCACUGUAGCUUGGACAUGUUUAAACACAUUUAGACUCACUGUAAUGUGGGCAUGUUUAAAUUACAUGUCGGGUUUCUUAAACGAAUUUUUCAAUAAGAACUUUUGUACUGCUUUCUACUGCCUGUGGGUGGGCUGCUGCUUAUCACCUGUUCAUGAUUGGUUUGCCAAUCUAAAUUUUAUCAUAAGUAUUUAUAGGUUUCAUUUACAUAAUGAAAGCUGUUAACUUCCAUUCGGUCCCCUUCUCAGGUAGGCUGUGACCAUGCAGUUAGCAUUCAAGAAUUAAGUCCCGGUGAAAGAAACACAGAUGAACCAAAGGCAGGUGAAACAGGUGCAGGUGAAAGAGACACAUGUGAAACAGAUGCAGGUGAAAGAGACACAAGUGAAACAGACCCAAGCGAAUCCAGUCCUAAAGAAUCAACCUCAGUGUCUCCCGAUAGACCACCGGUUAUGCAGAGGAAAUUACUCAACUUGUCUUACGGUGAGAGUCCAGGAAGCAGUGACACAAUCCCAGGUUUUGAAGCUUUCUCUGACUCAAUAAGUGAUGAGUCCAGGCACAGGUUUGUCUAUGAGAACGAUGAAGAUGAGCUGGAUGCUGAGUGUAGUUUCUAUUACAAUUUGUCCCUUGCCGCUGCUGCUGAUAGUAACUCAACUUCAGAAGCUAAAGUGUAUGAGGCAGCAGAGGACCAUGUUCAGUUAAGAAGAAAACCUUUCCCGGAUUUUAGACUGCUCUCUUUAAAUGAGCCCAGUUUUAAAGCCAAGAAAAUGAAGAAUUGCAAUGUGACUUACAAUCAAAUCGACAAGGGAGCAAGCUACGAUGGUUCAGGUUCCCCGUGUGAUAUGAAUCCCGUCUCAAAGAAUCUUCCGCCCUGGUAUUGGGGACCCCUUUCAAGGUAAGGGCUAUUUCCACACUUUUAAAUGUCUUUGAUGAGACAUUUCAUGGAAUGGACAAAAAAUAUGCUUACAAUAUGAAAUUUUGGAGAAAUCACAAGGUAAGGGCUAUUUCCACAUUUUUAAAGUGUCAUUAGGGAGACAUUUCAUGGAAUGGACUAUUUACACACUUCCAAAGUGGUAUUGGCGAGACAUUUCAUGGCGUCUGGGGUGAGUUGCCACUUUUUCCCCCAAAAUUAUACUACACUGCAAUCUUCCUACUUAUUACCUACGCUAGCAAUAAAAGGUAACCACUUUUCCUCAUAAAAAAUCCCAGUCACAACCAGUUUUUAACAUCCAUCAGCUGAUAACGAUACAGAAUGCGGUUUAAAAUCCAAAAACUGGAAAUCCUCCGAAAACUGGAAACCGGGUUUUAAAAUUUCACUUACCUUUAUUCACAGACUUGAAGUAGGCAAAGUUUUAUUUCUUUAAUAUUUUUACAGAACAAAAGCUGAGGACAUAUUAAAAGAUCGGCCUGAUGGGUCUUUUCUUGUGAGGGACUCAUCCUUUCCAGGUGCUUACACUUUAACAGUCAGGUGAGGGCCUAACCCCUAAAGUGUAGAUAUCAUACAGUAUAAUAUUUAUCAGUUGUAUCUAAAAGCCAAAUGAUUUUUUACUUGGCCUUUGACUACUAAUAGUUUUCUGCCAAAAUUAAGAAAGUCUUGAAGUAUUUGGGAUAAAUCAAGUUACCGUUAGUCAUGUUAUGAAAUUUUUUAGAGAAAGUUAUCCAUAUUUUCUAUAACGUUAUUUGAAUAAAUAACACUUGAAAAAUUAACCCUGUCCAGGAAUUUGUCAUUGAUGGCCCUUCAUGUAUCAGUAACCACCACUGAAUCAGUCAAUGUAGUUUUGUUUUCAUACAAUUCCUGUAGGGCCCAAGGAAAACUUUGCUAGGAUUCACCUGAGAUUGAAGUUAGUUUUAUUUUUCUUAAUUUUUCAGACAAGACGGACAGAGCAGAUGCCUGAAAGUAUUCCAGUUCAAUGAUCUGUUCGGUUUAAAAUUGAAUGACGUGAGAUUUGAGUCACUGGAAGAGUUGGUGGAGUAUUACAGCCACCAUUCAUUGGCAGAAUUCAACAGAAUACUUACAACAACAUUAAACAACCCGGUCCUAAAAGUAGGUCAACAUUUAAGUAUUUCAACAUCUGUGUCCAUGCUCUGUAUAAAAUUAUGUCAAUAUCUGUGUUAUACUCCAUGGCCCUGCUAGGGUUGGUGUCCCCCCACACACACUCAGACACACACACCUUCCACGAGGGAUUUCCUCUUGUUAAAAUAAUGUAUAAGGUCCGCAGUAUAAUAAUGAAAAGAACAAAAACAAAUUAAUUGAAGUUCAGGAGGUAAAUGUAUUUAAGAACUUUAACUUCUACAUAGAAUCACCCAUUGGUAUCAAUGGAAAUCUUUAUUUCUCAGACUUUAGAUAAAUAUAGCUUCCUGUUUCUUACAAAAGUUAACGAACACUUCAAGCACUGUUGAAUCAUGGUCAAAACUGUCUUUCUGGCCUACAAUAGGGUUCCUUCAUUUCUGAUGCACCUACCUUGAACUUUUAAUAAAGCAUGCAUUUGGAUUGGUUAUAAGUGCGGAAAAUUUACGUGUGAUCGGUUAUCCUUUUUAUGAAUUUCGGUUAGACCGCGCAAUGUGUGCUCUGUAAACAUGCAAUUUUUCAGUUUGGUGUCAACCUCUGAGAUGGUCUCACCCGGUGCGGUCCGCACGCUAGCUACGCUACUGUUUAUACUGCCCCUAUUUAUUGCUCUGCCCAUAGGCUUGUCUUGUCAACAUAUGUUCAUGAUACUCCAUUACACCCUGUCUAAAGUUAUGUAAAAGUCAAUUUUUUAAAUAUUGUUAGGAAAGAAUUUCACAAGGAGAAAUAUUGCAUACCAUUACCAUAUUAUAGCUAUGUCUAUUGAUAUAAAUUGUUUGUGUCUAUUUAAUCUACUUUAAAGCUUUAUCGCAGUCCAACAUUCUUAUAAUAUAAAUUGUCAUUGUGAAAUGUUUUGAUUUGUUGUUUUUUUUGCUGCAAGACUAGUGUCAAAAGGGUGAACUUGUUUGAAGCGCUUUGUUUACUGGUCGAAAAUGGACGCAAGCUUCAUAAGUCUAGGAAGCAGUUUAAUGCCUUAUUGGAGAAAUAUACAAAGUUAACUCAGGUGAGAGAUCAUGGUAGAGUUCACUAUAUCAAAUAGUCUUUGCCAAGAAAUCGACAGUGUCCUUGAGGAAUCGAGGGAUUUUCUAAUCAUUUUUUUUCCUUUUAAAUUAUAUUGGUAAUAAAAUGCUGGGUGGCCGAGCAGUCUAAACUGUCUCAAACCAAAUGGCUGGUGGUCUGGAGUUCAAUCCCACCAAAGCCAACAUCUCAAGCACUCCGGGUGGAUGGGACUCGUUAGCCUUGGACGGCAACCCAUCUAAGAGAAGGCAAACUCUGAAUUUAAACCAGGAGCCAGAAUGAUCAACAAAUAGAUCGUGGGCCCCUCAAAUAUAAGAAGAAGAAGGAAUGUUAAAUUGGUCAUUUAUUUUUGUGAGCUUUCUAAUUGGGUGAUCGUUGUCAUUCUUGCAUUCCUGUCAUCUUCAUCAUUCAUCUGUCAUCUUCAUCAUUCAUCUGUCAUUCCCAGCAUGCAUCUGUCAUCCAUGGCAUGCAUCUUUCAUUCUCAGCCUUCAUGUCAUUCUCAGCAUUCCUCUGUCAUCCUUAGCCUUUAUCUGUCAUCUUCAUCAUUCCUCAUCAUUCCUCAUCAUCCUUGGCAUUCUUAUGUCAUCCUCAUCAUUCCUCUGUCAUCCUCAACCUUCAUGUGCCAUCUAUAUCAUUCAUCUGUCCUCCACAUCAUGAUCUGUCAUCCACAGCACUCACCUGUCAUCCACAGUACUCACCUGUCAUCCACAGUACUCCUCUGUCAUCCAAAGCACUCACGUCAUCCAAAGCACUCACCUGUCAACCACAGCACUUACCUGUCAUCCAAUGCACUCACAGUUCAUCGAAUGCACUCACCUGUCAUCCACAGCAUUCACCUCUCAUCUACAGCGUUCAUCUGUCUUUAUGAGAUGAUGGUUUAGCUUACCAAUAAUGCUUUAGUAAACAAACAACGCACAAAUAGUCUGCAACUUACGGGAUUAAAAUAUCUGUAAGAUUAAAUGCAAAAUUACAAUACAAAACAUUUUUUAUAUACAAUAACUGCAAUCAUCAAAAGACAAUUAUCUAUGUAAGAGAAUACUCAGCUAUAAGUUUAAAUUGUACAUAAUUUUAAAGCUUUUGUAGGAUGUAUUUCUUGUAAUGUAUAACAAAAUGGCCAUCAGUUACAAAGGCUACUAAAUCAAUCUGUGUGAAACUAUAGGCCUACUUCACUUAUUCCAGGAAAUUCAACUGUUACAAAUGGAAGCUAAAGCCAGAGAUAUUGCUACAGAAAUGUAUGAAAGUAUUCUGUUUUUGGCAAACAGGACAGAUGAAGAACUGGAAGAAUAUGAGAAAAUGGAUGACAACAAAAGGAAAAAGUAUUUAUAUAUCUGUAUCAAUUAUUUUCAUAAAUUUAUCUCCAUUAUCUGACACAAUGCAGUGAUAAGUUUUAUCAAUUUCAGUAAAUUACUUCCUUGUAGUCAAGGGCACACACUGUGGAUUAAUACAAAUAAAUAAAUCAAUGAUGCAUUUUCAAGAUAAUUUUAUUGCAGGAAUUUAAUUUAGAUCAUGAAAAAUAUCCACUGCAAAAACAUUACUCAUUUCCAUCACAUUCUGUGAGUGUUAUUAAAAGUUUUACUUAAACAUAGCUCAAUCAAUAUAAAGUUAUGCUUUGAAAUGGCUGAAAUAUUCAAGGUUAUAAUUAAGCCAGUGUUCCCCAAUUGGUGGUCCAUGGACGGGCACCGGUCUGCACAACAUGGAUAUUUAUAGCCAUAGUCCAAUUAAACUAUGUAUAUUAUAAUAUAUAUAUAUUUAAUAUAAUUGAUAAACGUCCAUGUGAUCCUUGUGUGAUUUCCAAACUUGUCUACCAGUCCAAAACCAAACUUUAAAGUUUGGGAAAUGCUGAUUUAGACUUCAAGUGACAUAAGUGAUAUAAAACAAAAACUAAGUCACAAACACAGAAAUCCUUUAUAAAAAAAGAAUAUGAAUAGGUAAAAAUUGACUUUUUUAAAAAUUAUCAAGCUCAAUUUGGUAAUCUAGUUUUUUACAUGUUUCCCAUAAAUUUUUGUUUUGCUCUCUUAAAGACUAGAGGACAACAAAUCAUUGGCUGUGAAUCGGCACAUGAUCACAAGCGAACUUACAAAGGAAGUGUGGAAGAAAGUGGCGAGUAAAGAAGAUGAGUUGAGUCGACACAAUCAGGAGACUAAUGAGUUCAUGUUAGUGUUGCGAGAAGCUGAAGAAGUGUGUUCCAUGAUAAGAGAGUAAGUCUAAUUUAAGCUAUGUAUCAAUAAUUUAAAGCUGAAUGGAUGAUUAGAGAGUAAGAUGUCAAUAAUUUAAAGCUGACUAGAUUAGAAAGUCUAAUUUAAGCUAUAUAUUAGAGUAAGUCUAAUUUAAGCUAUGUAUAAAUAUUUUAAAUCUGAAUUGAUGAUUAGAGAGUAAGUCUACCUGCCACCCUGGUUAACACAAAAUUGUAAAACAAAUCAGAUAGAAUUUUUAGCCCCUUGUUAUUGCAAUAUUUAGAAAUAGCCAUUGCAAGACAAAUGUCAGUGGAAAUUACAAAUGGGAGUAAAAUUGCUCGGGUAAAAAAAAAAAAAGCUUAUUUUCAAUCCAACACUCAUUUAAUUUUAACGUUAAUAAAAAUAUUUUGAGAUCAUUACUGGAAAUGUAACAACACAGACACACUGGGUAAUCUAAAGCAAAUUUAAAUUCAUUUAUUGUGCUAUAAAUUAGAAUUCAGCUUUGGAUUCUUCUUUAAGCACUACUGUUUACUUAUAAAUAAAAAUAAUUUGUAAUUAUUUGGUGAAAAAUUAUUUCUUUGAUUCCUCAGCCAGGUGCUUAACAGUGGCGCCAUGCCAGAGUUAGUGGACUGUAUAGUAGAUGAAGAGUCAUUAGAGAAUAUCUGGCCUCAGAGUCAGUGGCUUGUUAACUGCACCAGAGAGGAUGCCAUAGCCUUUCUUUGUGACAAAACAGUUGGUACUUUUCUAAUGAGACCCAAGAAUGAACCCCAUAAGCCUUAUGUUCUUUCUAUCGUGUAAGUGUAUGGAUUUUAAAUAAUGAUAUGUAUUAUAUAUAUAUAUAUGUUUUAUUAUAAGACUUGAAUUGGUUUUCAAUGCAAUGGGGAGUACUGUAAGUCUAAAGACAAGUUUGAAAGUUUCAUGUGCCACCAGUGCCACCAUGCUAUAGUAGGCAUGCAGACAAAGUCUGGGGUUCCUCUGAUCUAGGUCUGGGUAUGCCUUGAUCUAGGUUUAGGGUUGCAUUUCAUCUCUGUUUAGGGGUGCCAUUGGUCAAGAUUCAAGUGGCAGGUUAAAUAUGAGAUAUCGGAAAGGUUAGACUGGUAGCUCUUCUCCAGAGAUGUGCCCCCUCCCCCAAGACAGUAAAUGACAGUGUUGCACAUACAGACUAUCAGACAGUGGUAGUGAAUUUCAGCAAGCAACUUAUCAGAUUAUUUUUAACUUUCAGAUGCAGUAAAGAUGAUGAAACUUCUGAUGUCAAACACUGUGUAGUAUUCCACCCCCCUGGUAGAGGCUAUGGGUUCCGACCAGAUGGCGCUGUAUUUGACUCGCUCGAUGAACUAGUAGCCAAACAUACCCGGACCUCAAUAAAAAUCUAUUUCUCUCACAUUGACACCUGCUUGGCUCAUCCUGUGUUUGAAUCGCGUUCCAGAGAAAAUAGUGAACCUAUCCAACAAGAUGAAAAUGGUUAAAAAUUUCAGAUAGCCUUGCUUGUUGAAUUUCAAGAUUUCUCAGAUAUUAAAGAAAAUUUCAGGACCAAUGUUAACUAUUUAUUUUAUUGAUGCAUUUGAUUAAUUUGAAACAAGCUACAACUUUGAUGACUGAAUUAUUUAUCUUGUUUUGAAUGUAUCCUGUUAACUACCAUGGCAGAUGUAUUUGAAUGUAUAAUAGUCACUGCAAUGACAUGUUUUCGAAUGCAUGAUACUAACUACAGUUACAGUUAUUUUCAAGAUCUACAUUUUUUGUUCAUGUUUAAGUUUUAAAAGUAAUGAAACUCCGUAACUAAAUUAUCAUUUAAAGUCAUAUUUAAAGGUUUUGUUAUACCUGUAUAAUUAAUUUAUUUAAACUGUUGUUAAUUUAUUUUGAAUUGCAUAGAAUAUAAUAUACUGUUGUUACUUUAUUUUGAUUGCAUAGAAUAUAAUAUACUGUUAAAAUAAUGAAAGUGCUUCUUUGCAGCAGCUGAUUUCUGAGAAAAAAAUUUACAUUUUUUAAAAUGUUUCAUCUUACAAAAUUUAAAACUUACUUAAUCACUUGUUAUGUACCAUCCAUUUAUUAAAUUAUCAAGUUCUAUUUCAAGACAUAAUUUAGUCUGUCAUCAUAACAAAGACUAUGGAUUAACUUGCUUUGUUUGCAGUGCUGAGCUUAACGCAACUCAGAUGUAGUCCAUCCAUAAAAACAUCCAUCCGUCCCUAAUAUCCAUUAAACAUUCCUGUUUUUUUUUUAUCGAUGUAAAUCAAAUCCUUGGUUUUUUCACACAAAAAAUUAUUUUGCUUGUGAUUGCAGAAGACUUGCAACUCAUUGUUUAAAAUAUAGAAUAAGUCUUUUAAUCUUAUGGGGUUAGGGUUGAAAUGGUCAGUGGAGGCACUAGUAGGUGGGUUGAGGGUUGUGUCAGCGGUGGAACAAGUGGGGCUUAGCUUUGGGUCAGUGGAGGAACUAGGUGGGUGACAAAUUCACAUCAAUAUCAUCUUGCUAACAAAGCCAAUAAUUUCAGCUUAGUGCCUAUAGGUUUGAGAUGUAGCCUUAGCCAACAUGGCUUGCCAUAUGUUGGUGUUCAUUUUCCCUCAGGUCAUUCUAAUAACUGCAGAGACUCAUCUCUGAAAAUUCCUCCAGUCCAGCAUCACCCUGCUUUUGUUCUUUUGGCUCUGCUAUGGGUGAGACAUGACUGCGAGACAUGACUGCAUUUGUAUUAGUUUGUUUACACUCUAAUUGUUCCUAUUUCAUUUCCAGCAUAAUGUUAAUAUAUUUUGGAUAUUUUUCUUUUUGUUACAGGACUCGGCUGGUUGACCAAGGAAAUAAAUAUUUGAAUUGAUUAA